AUGGACCCUGUAUCUGCGAUCGGGUUUGCUUCGGCAAUUGUUCAGGUUCUGGGCGCACUUACGUCGACUAUUCAUGGCCUCUACGAACUACACGGGAAGUUCAGCGAUGCUGACUUUACGAUUCACUCGCUUAUCCAGGAGCUGGGCUGUAUCCAGACAGCUCUCACCAGUCUGAAGGAAUGGCAUCGGCUUAAUUUUUCCAAUUUGAUGGUAUCGGACGAAUUCAAUGAACAGUUGGUUACCGCCAUGGGCGGCUGUCGAAUCAUCAUGGAGGUUCUGUCUGAGGAAGUGAUGACUUUGGUUCAUGGCAGUCGCAAUGACGGUACCGUUGGGUUUAGAUUGCGCAUUAGAGUCAUUUGGAAAGAGGAUGUCAUGAAAGGACAUCAGGAGAAACUACAUGCGCAAGUCAUGGCGUUGCAGCUACUACUCCAGGUCUGUCAAUGCCAUACAUCACAAGAACAGAUCCGCCUUUUGAGACAGGAAACGACCCGUCGCAUCAUGCGCAGGGUUCGCGACGAUACCGAAACACUGAUAUCCGCACGGAGUCAGGCUACAUCUAGCGCGGCAAGCAUGUCGCGGAACAGUAGUCUCACAAUUAGUGAGCGAGUUUUUGAUUUCAACGAGACCCUCGCAGAUUCGCUGGUAUAUCGCAGGUCACCUCAGCAACUCGAGCCAUCCAUUGGGGCCUCGGGUAGCCAGACUGACACCAAUAGUGGCCGUAGUCCAUUCACAGAUGAGGGCUAUGCAGGUACCCCUACGCGCAAUAGCAGCGUUACAAGGCCGUCAUUUGAUGCCCCUUCGCCGCAGCAAGAUCACUUUCUCUUGCCCAGUACUCCAUCAGCGCCGGUACAUCCAGCUCACAGGAGAGCAACAUCUUACCAAGAUGCGCCGCGUCCAGGCCUGCAAAAUAUGCCUCGAAGCAAGUCAGAUACCAAGACAUCAAAGACACUUGAAAGAUCUGCCUCUAAGCUUGAAAGAAUCUCUGUUCUACUUCGGUUGAAUACCUCUAGUCGUCUGAACCUUGCUUCUUCAUCUUCCAAGGGCUCACCGAAAGUAGGCAAUGGCAUACCUUUCACAAGAGGGAAGCCUAGACGAGAGCCUGAUCCCCAUAUCAGCAUUGACCUGACCGGCGCGGAUGCUGCUUCUAUUCCACAGAUUGUGAAGGCCGCCCAAGCCGGAUCUCGAGGCGAGGUAGCACGACUCAUCGAAUAUGGGAUUAACAUCGAAGAGCGACACAAAGCAUCGGGUCGAAAUGCAUUGCUUGUUGCUGCGCACUGCGGAAAAGAUGACGUUGUUGAGCUCUUGAUCCGACAUCAUGCUCGACUAGAUGUACCAGAUGGCUCCGGCUGGACAGCCCUUCAUCUUGCGGCUUCACGUGGGCAUUGCGGUGUCAUAAGUUUGAUUAUGGAGGAGGGCAGUAUUGCCGAGGUUCCAAAUUAUCAAGGUCGUACAGCACUGCGAGUUGCUGUUGAUCGUAGCCAACACGAAGCACUCCAAGUGCUGCUUAUGCAUAAUGCAAAAGUCAAUAUGCGUGCUGAGAAUCAAAUGACUGCUCUGCACGUUGCAGCAAAGCAGGGUGAUGCUGAAAUUGUGCACAUGCUUGUGUCAAAUGGCGCUGAUAUCGAGGCCAAGGACGCUACCAUGAUGUCGGCAUUGCACUAUGCAUGCGAAGCGGGUCAUGUCGAAGCUAUUGCAGUGCUCUUGGCUCACAAAGCUAAUAUAGAAGCGACCGGUCGUGAUCGAAAGACACCAUUGAUAUGUGCUGCCGAGGCAGGCCGGUCCCAGGCUGUUGAAUUCCUAUUGAAAUCUAAACAAAAGGCUUCGUUAAGUGGUAUAGAUGACAUUGGGAUGACUGCUCUGCAUUGGGCUGCCUACAAUGGUCACGAAGAGACGGUCGAAAUUCUCAGCCAGAAGAAAGGAUCUCUGGCUAAGGUUAAUGCAAUGGGACGAACCGCUCUGCAUUUGGCCGUUAUUCAAACACAGUUUGCUGUCGUUGAGCCAUUACUACGUAAAGGGGCCGACCUCAACAGCCAAUGUGGAACAGGUCUUACUCCGCUUCAUUAUGCCUGUAUGGCGGACAGUAUCGAGAUAGCAACACUGUUGCUCUUACAAGGUGCUGACAUUGAAGCAUCGGAAUAUCAACAUCAGCAAAGACCUUUGCAUGUUGCAGCAGCACGUAGCUCAACACACCUUUUGAAUCUUCUUUGUGACAAAGGAGCUUCUUUAGAUGCCCGGGACGGCGCUGGAGACCGGCCUCUAAGUGUAGCAUGUCGCUGUGGGCAUGUGGCUGCGGUGCGAACGCUCCUGGAUCGAGGAUCUCCUCUCUAUCAGAAGCACCAAGCUACGUCCCGCAGUGACUCUCCUCUAUGCUUGGCUGCUAUGGCAGGCCAUCUACCUGUGGUCUCGCUACUACUAGAGCGCGGCGCAUCGGCAUCCAAAAAGGACGAGGGCGGCUGGCAGCCUUUCCGCUAUGCGGCAUAUCAUGGCCAUCUGGAUGUUCUUCAGACGCUCUUGGCUCGCACUAGUAUACCCGACAUGGAUGUCCCAGAUAUCAUUCGCAUGCCGGAGACAAUCGGGUUCUCGCCAGAUGCCAUUAUCUCUGACGACUGCAAGGCUCGGGUGAGAGAACUUCUCAAUCAGGCUCUGGCGGAGUCUGGUCUGAUGCCCUCAAGUCAUGCCCCAAUUAUGCCCCAGACUGUGAACCAGGGGAAUUCUCCCACUCAAUAUUUACCGUCUCGUAAAUUACGAGACGGUGAAAGCUUCUUACCUCAAGAGCUCCCCGCAACUCUGGAGCAAGGUCUGCCUAGCAGUCGUUCAACAACUCCUGAGCGUGGCUAUCGAGCUGAACCUCCACAGUCCAUCAACCCCUUGUCGCAUAUCCGUAUGCGACCCGGUGAGCAAAUAUUACCGCUAGUAAACGGGCAAAUUCAUUCUGCUCGCAAUGAUUCUCGUGAGGUAUCUCCUAUGCGUCAACCCGAACAGGAUCCUGCUAGGAGGAUUGCAAGCCGGCUUCCAGCCAGAGAAGAACCACCGGUGUCGGCCACUUUCAUUCCUCGACAAAUCCCCAUCUUUACCUCUCAGUUUUCCCAGGGAUCUUCGGGGAUACCAUCUCGCCGCUCGAAGGCUGGAGGCUCUGCCACUAUGGAUACGCCAGUGCAGUCACAGGAUCAAAGCCAAGAGAGUCGCGUUCCUAGAACAGCUCCUUCUCGGCGUGAAAGCGAUGCUCCGACUCCGAGGCUCGAAGAAUUGUCUGAAUGUACUCAAGAUACCGUUGAUGAUCACUCCGACUCAGAUUCGGCUUCGAUAUCUUCUGUAUAUACAGCACCUGAGGGAGAUAUGGACACUGAUCCUGUCUCAAGGAUGGGCCACCGAAGCGGACCAUAUGAAAUGACUGCAUAA